UAGUGUUGACUUCAUAGCUUUGUGAUCAACGGACGAAAGAAGAGAUGAAGCUAGUCAGCGCAGUUGUGAUCGUUUUUAUCGUAAGCUCGAGCUGUAAUGCUUCUCAAACUCAUCAAUCUUGCUGCCACGCCGACGUGAUCCCCUACAACUGUUAUCACGCUCUCAUCCUCGGACACACAGUCAGUGGAGUGUACGUGAUCGAUCCGCGCGAUGGCUUGGGCUCGUUCCCAGUCUGGUGCGACAUGAAAACAAGCGGAGGAGGAUGGACGGUCUUCCAGAGACGACGAGACGGAUCAGUUAACUUUAAUCGAAGCUGGGCCGACUACAAAAGAGGAUUCGGAACACUAAAUGGUGAGUUCUGGUUGGGACUGGAAAAGAUUCAUCGUCUAGCUACGAGUCAGGUGCUCCGUUUCGAUCUCGUUGAUUUUGACAAUGAGAAGAAGUACGCAGAAUACGACUCAUUCACGGUCGGUCCACACACGUCGUCGUAUCUCAUGUAUGUUGGAAAGUACAGCGGAAAUGCGGGGGAUUCUUUCAGUGGUCAUUCCGGAUAUGUAUUUGCGACUAAGGACAAAGACUCUCCGUCAAACUGUUCUGCGAAAUACAAGGGUGGUUGGUGGUACGAACAAUGUCAUAAGUCCAAUUUGAAUGGUCUCUACCUGAAAGGAACGACCGACCAGUACGCUACGGGAGUUGUUUGGAAAGCAUGGAAGGGGCACCAUUACUCUUUGAAAUUUACAGAACUCAAAAUUAGGCCUCAGUAGUAGACUCGAUUUCUUAGUUGGUAUACUGCAUGCAUGCGUGGGUGUGCAUUAAGACAAUGUGCGUGUGUGUAGCUGCGUGUAAUAUGAUUACUCAGUCUUCUGUCUGCGUUCUGGAGUCAUGGUGUACGGAAAAAUCACUUUGACUACACAAAACAGAGAAAUGUGCAAAUUUAUUUGUGCAACUUCAACGA